CACAUUCCUGCAUUCCCCGGCUUGUGUGUCUGGAAGCGUAAUCUUUUCUUUCCGAACACAUUUCUCUCCCGAGGAAUACGCCGAUGACACGGCGGGUUUAAUAUCAGGAGGUGCUUCAGGAUUCCCCCAGCUGUCCGAAUCCAAGAUUUGGGUCCCUCCCUCCUCCUUCCCUCCCUCCCCCGCCAGGUGGCAGGCAGCAGGUUGCCAUGGAGAACUCGUCGGUGGCGUCAGCGUCCUCAGAGGCUGGCAGCACGCGCUCGCAGGAGAUUGAGGAGCUGGAGCGCUUCAUCGACAGCUACGUGCUGGAGUACCAGGUGCAAGGCCUGCUGGGAGAUAAGAAUGAGGCAGACCUGGACGGAGACAACAAGCCCAAGUCCCACAUCUCACAGUGGACAGAGGACUGCAAUGACAGGAAAGAUGGGAGUUGGUCAUCCUCACGGGGGAGGGGCUCCACCAAACCGGAUGAGUGGGAUCACAGUAGUAAUGGCAGUACAGGGUCCAGGCCCAGCUCUGGUUCAAGGCCUGGUUCAGGCUCCAGGUCCGGUAGCAGAGGGAGGAACAACCAGUUCAGAGGGCCAGCCAAGGUACAGAACGGGAACAGAGAAGGGUCAUUUGACAUCCUGGGUACUGAUAUCUGGGCUGCUAACACCAUGGACUCUCAUGGGGGGGCGACAUGGGACCUCCAGCCUGAGAAGCUAGACUUCAGCCAGUUCCACAGGAAACCCUUCAGAGGAACACCAAAGCAUCUACCACACAUCGACAGAGAGGGGAUGAUGAAAGGCAAGUUUGAAGAUGAUGAUGAUGAUGGCAUCGACCUGAAUGACAUGGAGAAGUUCCUGCCAGGCCUUACUGGUUUCCCGCCCCUGCCUAAUGAAGCAGAGAUCGCUCACACCAAAAAGCUCUUCCGACGCAGGAGGAACGACCGACGGAGACAGCAGCAGCAGAGACCUCCGGGAGGAGGAGGAGACAGGAAGACCCAGAAUCCUCAGCAGCAGUCGCCACAACGACAACAACCUCCAUCUCAACAACAACCGGUCAAUCAGCAACAGAAUGACCAGCAGCAGCCCGGGCCGGGGGGUCAUGGUAGAUACCCUCGUGACCAGCAGCAGGGAGGACAGCGUGGAGGUAGCCACGGGCAGCAGUUCCAGUGCCACGGCGGGCAGCGUCAGGGACCUCCCCACCACGGCUAUAGCCAGAAUCGCCGCUGGCACCACAACCAGAAGGGUCAGGGGGUAGGACAGGGACUGCAGGGACAAGGGGGCCCAGCAGGUGACAGAGACAGGGACAGAGGGGCAACCCCAAUGGGAGACAGGGACAGAGGGGGGACACCAACGGGAGACAGGGACAGAGGGGGACACAAGACAGGGACAGAGGGGGACACCAAGGGAGACAGAAGGGGGAACAACGGAGACAGGGACAGAGGGGGGACACCAACGGGAGACAGGGACAGAGGUGGGACACCAACGGGAGACAGGGACAGAGGUGGGACACCAACGGGAGACAGGGACAGAGGGGGGACACCAACGGGAGACAGGGACAGGGGGGUGGCACCACUCAGAAACACCAAAGAGACAGAGAAUGUGAAGGCAGAGGAGGCCAGCACUAGACUGGAGACAGAGAGCUCCAGGGGCCCCAGUGAGGGGCUUCCCAGCCAGCCUGGGGGCCAGGAGAAGGGCCAGAGCCCGACGGGGAGUGACAAGCACAGGGACAGCCAGCUGGACGAGGGCCCUAAAGUCAGCCUGCUGCAGUCAUCCAAGGAGAGGCUGAGGAGGAGGCUAAAAGACAAGGAGGAGGCUGUCGUGUCCCCGGUCGGGCCCCAGUGGAGCCGCAUGGACCGCUUGCUGGAGAUCCUGAACAGCAUGAGGAACAACAGUGCCGGGGUGGACAGCCAGCUCAGCUCCUUCAUGGAGGAGGCCCAGAACUCGGCCCAGUCAGAGGAGACCCUGGACCAGAUAGUCAGCACCAUCUAUGACAAGGCCCUCAGCGACAGGAGCUUUGCUGCUACUGCUGCCAGGCUCUGUGACAAGAUGGCCCUGUUUAUGGUGGAGGGGACCAAGUUUAGGUCACUACUGCUUAAUAUGUUACAGAAGGACUUUUGUCGUCGGGUGGAGCUACAGGCGUCUGACGUGGAGCUUUGGUUGGGAUUCAUCACCUUCCUGUGUGAGGUUUUUGGAACCAUGAGGUCCAGCGCUGGAGAACCGUUUAGGGUGUUGGUCUGUCCUAUAUACACCUGUCUUCGAGAGCUGCUGCAGUCUCCCGAGGUUAAGGAGGAUGCAGUCCUCUGCUGUUCUAUGGAGCUGCAGUCCACAGGUCAUCUCUUGGAGGAGCAGCUUCCAGAGAUGAUGACUGAGCUCCUUGCCACAGCCAGGGACAAGAUGCUGUGUCCGGCUGAGUCCCAGCUGACCCGCUCCCUCCUCAUGGAGGUCAUUGAGCUCCGUGCCCACCACUGGAGCCCUCUGGAGGCCCUCACCACACAGUACUACAACAGGACCAUUCAGAAGCUCACCACCGCCUAGCCACCCAGGACCCAGGCCUGGACCUAGGCUCACAGGUCUUCAGGUCUCUCUUGAAAAAGACAUUUUAUCUCAAUAAGACUACCUGGUUAAAUCAAAUAAAAAGGUCCACUUGUCUGACAUAGGGAGGCCUUAACUGGGUUGAUAGCUAGGAUGCAUGGGACCGUACCAGGCGGCAGUACAGAAUUUAUCUGGGGCCGAAAGGGUUUAGGUUACGGUUUGGGGAUGAGACAAGUGACAAGACAGAAACAUGUGAAACCAUGCAUAAACAAGACAAA